UACGCCCCAGGAAAUUGCAUCCUAGGUUAUUCGUUGUUUUGUCGAGGGUAAUUUUGGCCUCUUGAUUCAAUUGGGCCCACUGUGCAUCCCGAGCGGCAAAGCGUCUAAUACCAUUUCAAACUCUCUCUCUCUCUCUCUCUCUCUCUCUCAAAAUCUCCCCCUUCUGUAAUGGAAAAUCCCACCUUUUUGGCAUUUUUUUAAACCCUAACACUUCCAAUUCGUUAUGAUCACUGGAAAUUCCUUCUCUUCCUCCAAAGCAAGAGUUUUUUGUUUUGCCUUUUCUUUUUCCACUGAAGUUUUGGGGUUUUCCAAUGGGAAUUACUGAUGUUUACUUGGGGAUCAAAGAGAUCUGUUAAAUUCCUCUUUGUGAUGGAUAGUGGUGUUUCCCUCCGUUUUCUAUCAUAUUAACAACUUAUCUUCUCCUUUUUCUGGAUUUUUUUAGCAGUGGUAUUGGCCAUUUUUAGUUGGGUUUGGAGAGAUCAGAGAUGCCUUUGUUUUCUAGGGUUUUAGUUUGCCAUGGAGAGGGAGGUUAACCUUCCGAUUGGUUCUGAGAAGCAAAGCUCUGAAUCUGCAGAAGCCCCUCUGAAUCCUCAAGCUUUUCGAUUCAAAUCGUCUGUUCCUGAUAUCUACAGAGAUGUACAAGCUGCUCUCAAGCGGCGCAAAACACUAAGUAUGCCAACAUCUAAUACUUUUCGGGCAAGACGCAUAUUAGUUGGACAAACAGAUUCAACAGAGAGUGCUCUGACGAAUGUGGGAACUGAAGACAGUUCGAAUGGUAGACAAGUGCAAGCUAAGGGGAUGGAUAUUGCAUACACUAGAGAGAAAAGGGAUGCGUCCCCGGACUCAAGAUCGAGCGAAGUGGAGAACUUACAGAACAAAGGGAUUAAACAUGACAUAUUGGAACAAGUAUCUAGGACAAAAGAGAUAGCAGAGGAGAGAAAGGAAAAAUUAAAUGUGGAGGAUAGUUCUGAGGUCACCUCGCUCACUUCACCCUGCACCAUGGAAACUGUUACUAGCCAGGAUGAGAAUCCAGGUGUGCUUGACUCUAGAAACGAUGGUAUUUCCCUUCCAAUCCAGGGCAUCAUUGACUAUGCACAAAGUGGUCAUAGGUUGGCUGAUGUGCAUCUUAGUUUUACAAAUAGCCAACCAGAUAGUGACAAGGAUGGAAAAAAUUCUGUUACUGGAGCAUCUAGGAAACUACCUAGUACUGUUUUCGAUCAUGGGAUUCCUUCUAUAGCUAUGUCAGCUGGUGGUUCCAAGAAGGUUCACUUCUCUGUAAUCAGUGAAACUGGAAAGGGUGGGCCAUCAAAGGCCUCGAAGGAAUGUGUUGAAUUGAAACAGUGCUCUGAACCAGACCCUAGAUUUGAUGACAUGCAGAAAGCAGUGAGACUGACAAAUUUUCCAACAUCUUGUGAUGAGGAUAGGAUGAAUGCUCUGAUUUCAACUUACCCAGGGGAUUUCUCUCAGAGUAAGCAACCUUUGGGGGCCGACGAAAGAAUGGCCACUAAUACUGGAAUGGAGAACUUGACAUCUUAUAUGAAUUCCCUUGCAUUGACAGAAAAUGGAAGCACUGUGACCACCCAAGCUGGACCAUCGGCCAUUGCUGGUAGGGAUUUGAAGCAGCAAGUUCUCCACUCCGUGGAACCAAGGCCUGUUGUUGACGGUUUAUUGCCUCGGAGAUGCACUGACCCACAAACUCAACCUUUUAUGGCCUUUGUUGGGAAAGAAGCAAUCAACCCAUUCACCCUAUCUUCAGUUGCAGGCUCCUCGUGCACCUCCUUAUCAGCACUUGUGAACACUACUGCAACUUCAGUUCAGUGCACCUCUGCCCCCCUUGCUUCCUCAACUUACCAUCCUUGUUCAUAUGGGAAGAUCAGUGAUGCUUGUAUUGAAGUUGAUCAAUUGGAAAUGCAUGAUGGAAACAGGAGAGCUCCUAUUCCAGCUAUGAAGUGUGCUAAUAAUGAGGGGAAUCCCUUGAUUAAAUUAGCUUCUACAUGUGCUCAUAAGGCUUCAGACAUCCAGGAGCAUAUCCAAGCAAAGGUUCAGAGUUCCUUGCAGAAGGAGAGUGUGGUAGCAGGAGAUGGUGCAAAGGCUUCACAUGUAUCUUUUCCAGGAAGAGAGGUCUUGCAGCCCAAAGACGCAGGAACUCCCAAAGAUACACAUACUCAACUUCCACAUUCAAAAGGCUCGUCAUCAAAUGUAAAUACUGAGCCUUCUCAUUCAAACAACCCAAAGAAGGCUGCUAGCAACAAGGAUUCAUCUGGUCCUCGCGAAAGGCAUCACAAUUCUCACGACUUCUUUGAAGUUAAUGGGAAGCUCUAUCAGAAGCUAGGAAAGAUAGGUAGUGGAGGAAGUAGUGAGGUUCAUAAAGUCAUAACCUCAGAUUGUACCAUCUAUGCACUGAAAAAGAUAAAGCUAAAGGGUCGUGAUUAUGCUACUGCUUAUGGUUUCUGUCAAGAGAUCGAAUACCUAAACAAACUACGUGGGAAGAAAAACAUUAUUCAACUUAUUGACUAUGAGGUUACAGAUAAAGUUCUGUUUGGGGAAGUAAUGAAGGGUUUAACAGCUAUCAAGGAUGGUAGGAUUGUUGAUGAUGCAUACAUUUACAUGGUACUGGAAUAUGGAGAAAUUGAUUUGGCUCACAUGCUGUCGCAGAAGUGGAAAGAAAUGGAUAAAUCCGAAAUGCAAAUGGAUGAGAACUGGCUCCGCUUCUAUUGGCAGCAAAUUCUUAAGGCUGUGAACACAAUACAUGAGGAGCGUAUCGUGCACUCUGACUUGAAACCUGCAAAUUUCCUUCUCGUCAAGGGUUCGUUGAAGUUGAUCGACUUUGGCAUAGCCAAAGCAAUACAAAGCGAUACCACUCACAUUCAGCGGGAUUCACAGGUGGGCACCCUAAAUUACAUGUCCCCGGAGGCUUUCAUGUGCAACGAACAAGACUCCAAAGGAAACACCAUCAAAUGUGGGCGUGCAUCUGAUAUAUGGUCCCUGGGCUGUAUUUUAUAUCAAAUGGUCUAUGGGAAAACUCCAUUUGCAGACUAUAAGACCUUUUGGGCCAAAUUCAAGGUAAUAACCGACAGGAACCAUAAGAUCUCUUAUGGCCCUGUGUCAAACCCUUGGUUGCUUGACCUCAUGAAAAAGUGCCUUACGUGGGAGCGCAGUGAGAGGUGGAGGAUCCCACAGCUGCUUAAGCAUCAUUUUCUCUCUCCUCCAGUACCACCCCAUAUCCCUUCUUCACAAGACAAACAAUGUAAACUUAUUAUGCAGAUUGCCCAAGAUCACGAAUCUGUCCCAGAAAUUGUUAAACUUUGUACCCAACUGCAGAAGCUCAUUUUAAAUGUUGAUGGAAACUCAAAGCAAUUGAGAAAUUAAAAUGAGUCUUCAUCA